AUGAAUAUCGUCGAAUGGGCGUUUGGAAAGCGCAUGACGCCGGCGGAGCGUCUACGCAAACACCAGCGCGCCCUGGAUCGAACGCAACGCGAGUUGGACCGGGAGCGCGUGAAGCUGGAGAACCAAGAGAAGAAGUUGGUUCAGGAUAUCAAGAAGAGCGCCAAGAAUGGACAGACAGCCGCCUGCAAGAUCCAGGCCAAAGACCUCGUCCGGACACGACGAUAUAUCCAGAAAUUUUACCAAAUGCGCACGCAAUUACAGGCGAUCUCCCUUCGAAUCCAGACCGUCCGCAGUAAUGAGCAGAUGAUGCAGUCAAUGAAGGGCGCAACGAUGCUUCUAGGCAGUAUGAACCGACAGAUGAACCUCCCAGCCCUGCAACGGAUCGCGAUGGAGUUCGAACGAGAGAACGAUGUGAUGGACCAACGCCAAGAGAUGAUGGACGACGCAAUCGAUGAAGCCACGGGAAUGGAAGGCGAGGAAGAAGAAGGGGAGGAUAUUGUCAAGGAGGUGCUAGACGAGAUCGGUGUCGACCUCAACCAGUCGAUGGGCGAAACGCCAGCUGAGAUACAGAAGGCACCUGCGGCUGAGACCCGGGUCGCGCAGGCUGUCGGGGGUGGCGGCAAUACGAGUGAUGAUGACCUCCAAGCAAGGCUGGACAGCCUUCGACGAUGA